AUUCUAGUUAAUAAGAUAUAUAAUAUAUUCAAAAAUGUCAUAUACUCAACCUCCUCCUACUUAAGGCUAUGGAACAACACCACCACCACCUCCAGCUGGAUAAGCAGGUAUGUCAAUCUGAAAAUAUAAUUAGGCUAAUAUCCACCACCUGGACAAUAUCCACCUCCAGGAUAAUACCCACCUCCAGGAUAAUACCCACCACCAGGUUAAUAUCCACCACCAGGUUAAUAUCCACCACCAGGUUAAUAUCCUCCACCAGGAUAAUAUCCACCUCCAGGAUAAUACCCACCUCCAGGUUAAUAGCCACCACCUGGAUAAUACCCUCCUCCUGGAUAAUACCCACCACCUGGUUAAUAUCCUCCAUAAUCAUAUCCUUAAUAGCCAGGAUAUUACCCACCAGGUGGAUACCCUUAAUAAGCCCCAGGAUAAUAUCCAUAAUAAGGAACCACAACUACUAUUAUUGAAAUUUAACAACAACCUGCUUAAAAACCUCCUUAAUAAUAAUCCAAAGGUGGAGGAAUUGGUGUUGGAGCUGCUUUAGUUGGAGGAGCCCUUCUUGGAGCUGCCUUAGCUGAUAAUCAUCAUCAUCAUCAUCAUGGUCAUGGAACAAAUGUUAUUGUUAUCGAAAAAGGACACAAAAAACAUCAUUGAUUUAUUGAUAUUUAUCUACCAAUAUACAAACAAAAUCAUUUAAACCACAC